UGUGACACGCACGGGUUGGGCGGAAAGAGACUGCGGUGGCGGCAUGGAGAGGAGCGUGAAUGAUGACGAGCAGCAAACAAUUCUUGUCGUCGUCGUGCUCUUGCUCCACUCGUUGUCCCACGCGCUCGCGCUCGCAGUCGCUCCCUAUCCCUUCCUAUCGCGCGCUCCUCGCCAGCCUCACCCUCUGUUUAUCUAUCCACGCUCUCUAACUUUUCCUCUUUCUCGUCCUCGUUCUUGGCCUCCUCCUCCUGCCCCUCCUACUCCUCUCGGCGCUCUCCACCAUCCCCACCACCCCCACCACCAUGGACCGCCCAGUCAUCCCAGGCAUCCCCGAGUAUCGCGGCCCCAUCAACCCCAACCCCAACCCCCCCGACGGCGAGGCCCGCAUCUCCAUCUACCUCUACCGCCCAUGGAUGGCCACCGGCAUCAUCGGUGCGGUCGUCUUCGCCAUCUUCAUGGUCGUCCAGCUAUGGUACCUGUUCAAGCGUAACCGCCGCACCAAGUGGUUCCACGGCCUGCUCGCGUUCGGUGCGCUCAUGGAGGUCGGAGGCUAUGCCGCGCGCGUCAAGGGCCACCAGAACAUGUUCCUCGUCAACACCUUCGUCGUGUCCUACUUCCUCAUUGUUGUUGCGCCCAUUCCCAUCGCAGCCGCAAUCUACCUCGUGCUCACGUACGCCGCGGCGCGCUGGCCCGAUGGUCGCCGCCUGCUGGUCCUCAAGCCCAAGACGAUGGUAACGCUCUUCGUCUUCAUCGACAUCGUCACCAUCGCCGUGCAGGUCGUGGGCGCGGCCAUGGUCGGCGUCGUGCAGACCAAGUCGAACCGCGGCGAGAAGCCCCCCAUGACCGUCACCACGGCUGGCCACAUCCUGCUCGCCGGUCUGGCCGUCCAGACCGCCUUCUUCUCCGCCUUCAUCGUCCUCCUCGUCAUCGCCAUCACCCGCGUCCCCCGCCUCGGGCUGCACGGCAAGAUGCUCCGCAACCUCCGUAUGCUGCUGUGGGCCAACUUCGCCGCGGCCAUGUUCAUCCUCCUCCGUACCGUCUACCGUCUCGCCGUCGAGUGCGAGGGAUACUUUGGCGAGGCCAACAGCAACCAGACCCUCUUCACCAUUUUCGAGAUGGUGCCCGUCAUCAUCGCGCUCGGCAUCCUCAGCAUCGUCCCCAUCGGCCGCUGGUUCCCGGACAAGCAUGAGGCGACCGAGUUGCUCACCCACCCCGCGAGCCACAACGAGUACGAGAUGAAGCACUAGAGCGCGGCGCGUAGAUGGUGGUGAUCGACGAGAUACGAGUCGGAGGACCAGAGAUCUGCAGGUCUAUUAAUCUUAUCUAUCCGAGGCUUGGCGAGAUCACGAUAGAGAUGUAUGUCAUAAUCGGAAUGGGUGGCGCG